CGACUUCCUUGGCUGCUGGGGACAGGCUACCUGAAGAGGCCAGCGCAGAGCAAACAGGUUCUUUCUUUCCCCUCAGUGUCUUCGAGAAGCAAUAUGUCAGAGGGGGUGGGCACAUUCCGAAUGGUCUCUGAAGAGGAGCAGGAGCUCCGGGCACAGCUGGAGCAGCUCACAACCAAGGACCAUGGCCCUGUCUUUGGUCCAUGCAGCCAGCUGCCCCGUCACACUUUGCAGAAGGCCAAGGAUGAGCUGAACGAAAAGGAGGAGACCCGGGAGGAGGCGGUGAGGGAGCUACAGGAACUGGUGCAGGCACAGGCCGCUUCUGGGGAGGAGUUGGCCCUGGCGGUGGCUGAGAGAGUGCAGGCAAAAGACAGCAACUUCCUCCUGCGCUUCAUCCGCGCCCGCAAGUUUGACGUGGGCCGUGCUUAUGAGCUGCUCAAAGGCUACGUGAACUUCCGGCUGCAAUACCCUGAACUCUUCGAUAGCCUGUCCAUGGAGGCUGUGCGCUGCACCAUCGAGGCAGGCUACCCUGGUGUCCUUUCCAGUCGGGACAAGUAUGGUCGAGUGGUUAUGGUCUUCAACAUUGAGAACUGGCACUGUGAAGAAGUCACCUUCGACGAGAUCUUGCAGGCAUAUUGUUUCAUUUUGGAGAAACUGCUGGAGAACGAGGAAACCCAAAUCAAUGGCUUCUGUAUUGUGGAGAAUUUUAAGGGCUUCACCAUGCAGCAGGCAGCAGGCCUCCGCCCAUCAGAUCUCAAGAAGAUGGUGGACAUGCUCCAGGAUUCCUUCCCAGCCAGGUUCAAAGCUAUCCACUUCAUCCACCAGCCUUGGUACUUCACCACUACCUAUAAUGUGGUCAAGCCCUUCCUGAAGAACAAGUUGCUACAGAGGGUCUUUGUUCACGGAGAUGACCUCGAUGGCUUCUUCCAGGAGAUUGAUGAGGACAUCUUGCCUGCUGACUUUGGGGGUACACUGCCCAAGUAUGACGGCAAGGUUGUUGCAGAGCAGCUCUUUGGUCCUCGUGUCCAAGUUGAGAACACAGCCUUGUGAGGAGAUGCCCCACAGUAUGAUCUGUGUUAGCAU